CAUAUUCUGGCCUUCCCUUAUUUUUCUCUGCCGGUACCCUUUUAUCUUCCUCCACUUUUUUUUCCCCCUCUUCUCUCUCGUUUAUUCUCUUCUUCUAUUCUCUCGCAAUUAUUUCUUCCCGCAAUUCCACCAUACUCUCACAUCCUCCUCCUCCGUUCUAUAGUAACCUGAUUUCGAUUUCUCUGACAAUCUUAAUUACUCCCGUUUGAGACAGACGGUAGAAGUAUAGAAGGGGAGUUUUCUCUUCCGGCAGUUGGCGAGCGGGCGGUGGGCGGCAGGGAUGUCGUAGACGAUCUGGAAAAGAUGCAAAGGUUGAAACAGUGGACAGUGGACGGUCGACUGCUGCUGUGGAAGAUGAAGCUUGAGGACUUGCCGGAGGUCGCUAGUGGCGGCAGAUGAGGGGGUCUGCGGCGGCGGCAGAUGAAGGGGUCGGCGGUGGCGGCAGAUCAGGCGACGGUGUGCCGGAGAUGACAGUGGAAGGAUAAUUGUUCUUGAUAGAUAGUAGUAGUUGGGGUUCAAUGUUUGGCUUUGGAAAAAAGCCCCCGGCAUCUGCGAAUGCAAGCCCUUUGCAUUCUGAAGCCAAGCCAAAUAGCAAUGCUUCUACAAUUACAGCUGGCAGGAGAACAUCUUCGGAGCCAGCACUGGACAGCAUGACUGUGCAAGAGCUGGAAAACUAUGCGGUGAAUCAGGCUGAGGAGACCACCAAAUCCGUUAGCAACUGCCUCAAGAUCGCAGAGGAUAUUAGACAGGAUGGGGCUAGGACCCUUGAGAUGUUGCAUCAGCAGGGGGAGCAGAUUCAUAGGACUCAUGAGAUGGCUGUUGAGAUGGACCGUGAUUUGAGCAAGGGGGAGAAGUUAUUGAAUAGUCUUGGUGGAAUGUUCUCUAAGCCAUGGAAGCCAAAGAAGACUAAGGAUAUCACAGGGCCCUUGACCUCAAAAGACGACAACUACAAAGCAAAGCAAACUAGGAAAGAACAAAGGGAGAAGUUGGGUUUGAACGCGAAGGGGAAAUCAGCACCCACAACACCUCCUUGUGAACCAACAAACACGUUACAGAAAGUUGAGAUGGAGAAGGCAAAACAAGAUGAUGCGCUCUCUGAGCUUAGUGGUAUAUUGGGUGAACUAAAGGGAAUGGCUACUGAUAUGGGCAGUGAACUUGACAGGCAAAACAACGCUCUAGACCACCUAGAAACAGACGUGGAUGAAUUGAAUUCUCGAGUAAAAGGCGCCAAUCAACGCACCCGUCAUCUGCUGGGGAAGUGAAGUGCGACACACUAUCUUGUUAUAUUUUCAAACUUCUUGUAUUAUAAAAUUUUGGUUCUUUGUAUUUCUUUAAUUUUUGUUGUAUUACUUGUAUAUCAUGAAUUGAUCGUUUAUAAGCAAUAAAUGUUGUUCAAAGGUUGGGUACAUUUGGUUCGUCAAACUUUGAAUUUAAGCCAAACCCCAAGAUGUAGCUGUCAUUAUUCAUUAGUCAUGGAUUAGUCAUACAUAAUCAGGUUUGACAAUCUCCACAACCACAACGUUCAUGUCCCAUAACCUUAAUAAUUACGGGUCAUUUCAAGUCAUUACGAGUCUCUUUCUUGUGUCAUUUUCCCUAUUGAAGGAUUAUUUGUAAUACCAACGUUGUAAUGCGAUAUGAUUACUAGAAUUGUCAAUGUCUACUCAUAACCAAAU